AUUCCGUAAAUUUUAAUAUAGCGACAAAAAAGCGUAUAAUUAUUCGACCACUAUAAUUUUCCAAUAUGGCGGACGAAAGUGCUCAACAAAACGAGAAGUCCACAACUUGUACGUUUUUUAAGAAAACAAAGCGAAAAGGAAACGUUCGUAAACGAAAAGCGGACAGCUCGGGAAGCGAAGACGAGACUUCCGUGGUCAGACUGGAAAAGAGAGUGGCGCCCAACCCAUUGAGACAAAAAACUGGCACGGCCACGCGAAGUUGGGAAACAGAAAAAACAUCAUCAAGAGAAAACGACCUUGGAAAGACAGGUUCUGAUAAUGGAAGUGACAAGACUGGCAAACCCAAAUUUUCAUUUAAAUCAACAAGAUCGGCUAUGAGUAGUGGUCCCCUGGAUGCUGGAGCAACAUCCAUUAACGAGGUCGAUACACAAGCUGACCGGGAUGCUCAGGCAAUUUUUGAACGAAAAUUGGCUGCAAAUAAGAACAAAAUGAAUGAGCAAGAUGACAUGGUGUAUCUUUUCUUUAAAAAUUAUAUCACUCAUUUUAACCCAUUUCCCAGGCACGGGCCGAUACGUGCGCCUGCAAACAUACGGGUGACGACACGAUGGGAUUAUCAACCAGACAUCUGCAAAGAUUACAAGGAGACCGGUUUUUGUGGUUUCGGAGACAGUUGCAAGUUCUUGCACGAUCGUAGUGAUUACAAACACGGUUGGCAACUCGAACGGGAGGUGGAUGAAGGCAACUACAACCGACAGGACCCGCACAAAUACGAGGUCUCCAGUGACGAAGAUGACGAUCUGCCUUUCGCUUGUUUCAUUUGUCGAGAAUGCUUCACGAACCCCGUUGUCACCAAGUGUAGGCAUUAUUUCUGCGAGCGGUGUGCGCUUGCGCAUCAUAAGAAAUCCAAACGAUGUUUUGUCUGUAAUCAAGCCACGCAGGGCGUGUUUAAUCCGGCGAAAGAACUUAUUAAAAAAAUCAACGAACAGAAAUUGAACGAGGAGAGGGAUAUUUGAUGACAGAGACUGUUCAAUCUUUCAUUACUUCAUAUUGAAAGGUUGAUAAGCGGGAUGGCUGGAAAUCCCAAGCAGCCGUCGUUGAGCUAGUGUGCAGUUCCCGGACCAUGCACUUGGUCUUCGGUGAAAUGAAAGACGGUAAUUCCUCCAAUUUUCUCGAGCUCAAUGAAAUUUGCAAAGUAUUUGUACCAGUAUUGAUUUGAGGAAAAAUUUUCGUUUUCUGUAUAAUAUCAUUGCUCUGCUCGAAAAAUAUUAAAACUGCAACCGGAAAGAUCAUUAAUACUUGCGGAACCUCCUACGAAGAACUAAGCAGACGCUAUUUACAACAGUCUGGCAGCCUGCAUACUUUUUUAGACGACGCAAAGAUUAUGUUUCGAAGAUUAAGUUUUUUUCCUCGAGCUACUGUUAGUUGUGUUUUCAACUAUCAACGAUGUUCUAAAGAAAAACGCCAUCACAGAUGUUGCUGGUUUACUAUUGAAGAUUUCUAAAUUAUUUUUGUAAAGACAGCAGAAAUAUGGCGAUACGCGAAUAAAUGUAAAUCAACGUUCGUAUUAGAUUAGUCAAUGUACAAACUGCUAAAACAUUCUCGUUUCGGCCGUUUCUCGUUGAUCUUUGUUAAAUAAUUUCUAUGAAUUAAAUAGUUAGUGACUGCUCCAACAACGAGAA